AUGAAGCCUGCCACUACAUUAAUUCUCGUGGCUAUAACUACCGUCGCAAUCGUUCUCUCCACCGCCAGUGCAUCAUCGCUCGGCGGAUGGCAGCGGAUAAAGAACACGAACGACUAUCGCGUAUGGGAGGUAGCCGAGUUUGCCGUGGGAACGUACAACGUGAAAAAUCAUUUCAAACAUCCGUUGAGACUCGUAAGCAUUGGGAGCGCCGAAGUGCAGGUGGUGGACGGCUUGAACUACCUGCUCAUCGUGACGGCGACUGCAAUCGACAGCCUCAACUCCCCGAUAGUUAUGUAUCGGACGGAAGUUCACGAGAGACUUGGCGUAAAGGAGCUGAAAUUCUUCACACCUAUAUUUGAUGGAUUGAAAUAG